AUGCCAUCUCGUGGAUUGAUGAAGGCUGCACCUGAUUAUGCAACCACCUCCUUUUCAUAUACUGUUAACAGCAUGGGAUCAUCACUGGAACGGAUGCUCAACACAACUGAAAAAAUACCAACAACGAUACUUGCAGACAUACCUAGCCAAUCAACGUGGGCAAACAUGCAAACGUGGUCAACGCAAGCAGCAGUGCCAGCAGGCACCUCAACAACGCCAAGCAUCGAUAAUCCAAGGGACUGUUGUGGUCAAGUCGAGAGGGAGACUGAUCUCGCGCAAUCGUUCGUGCUCUACUUUGCACCAGUGGUUAUUGGAUUGGCAAUAGUAAUGUGUAUCGCAAGACUACUUUUCAAUUACUGCACUUUCCGAGCGUUAACUCAGCCUGAGUCAUCGCAUUGUUCAUCGACAUCGCAUAUGCAGAGCACUCGCAAUCGCCGUCAUGCUCAUCAUAUUCACACACUCGAUCAUAAUCGAAUCUACACGAUACCUUGUGAAAGGAAUGAUUCACUGGCACAAAUAUUCAUGCAAGUUCCACCACCAAAUUAUGAACAAGCUCAAAAAUACGGCAGACCAGUUGCAUCAGUGGCGCAGCCUAUCGAUCAGGGCCCUCCACCAUACGCUUAUCAGAAUCCACUAUGUCUUAACAAUGAGCAAUCUGAUCCACAGCAAAGGUAUUUUCAACGAACUUAUAUGUGUACGUGA